AUGCGCCAAAAAAAUGUUCCAGAAGGGGACCACCCCAACGCCAUUUCCACAACGUCAUCGUCGUCGACGCACAACGAGCGCAAUUCGCGCCAACCGCCAUGGGUCCGCUCGAGCUCGCAGCCGGCGGCGACGGCGACGGCGUCGGCCAACAACGGAACGCGUCGAAGCAGUUUCAUGGAGGUCAGCGACGGCAACUGGACCUAUUGUUACGAUUCAUCGAAUAACGGACCGCAAAUCACCGGCUUCGGCAACGUGCCAAUCGUGAGCUACGAGGACAUCGCCAAAAUGCCGGAUCGCCGAUUGCGCGUCGCCAGCAUCACGUGGAACAUCAAUGAGAAGCCCGUCAAAAUUCUCGAGCAUCUCGCCAACAAAUUGCGCGACGCCUACGAUGAAAUCGACGGCGACAUCGUCGCAAUUUCGCUUCAGGAGAUCCCGUCGACGGCAACAAUGUUCCACGAGGACGCGUUGAAGAUUCUCGAGCCCGUGUUCACCUCGCACAGUUUGUACAUAUCGCAUAGAGCGUGGGCUCAAAUGAGCAUCGUUUUCAUCAGAAAACAACAUCUCCGUUACGCUAUUCAGCCUCAAGUCACGUUUAUCCCAUCCGGCGCGAUGGCGAAGCCGGUUCGAACCAAAGGCGCCAUCGCCGUCUGCCUUCGAAUCUAUCAACGAUGGCUAGUGCUGAUCGGAUGCCAUCUCUCGCACGCGACAUCGCAACAACGUGUGCAAGACUACACGAAAAUCAUCAAGACGCUCCGAUUCGCCGCGUUGAAGAAGUUCCACGCGCACGGCAACGACGACAUCUUCUCAUCGGACGCCGUGUUGUGGAGUGGCGAUCUCAAUUUUCGCGUGACCGUCGAGAACACCGUCGAUUGGCAUCACGCCGACGCCGUCGACGCCGCCGUCAUCGAGCGAAUCAUCGAGGAGGAGGAGUUGGCGACGUUGCGCAGCAAAGGCGUCGCGUUCGCCGAGUUCGCCGAGCCGCCGAUUCGAUUCGCGCCGACGCACAAAUUCGAGCCCGACACCGACGCCUACGUCAAGAAGCGCAUCCCGUCGUUCACCGAUCGUGUGCUAUUCUGGGCGCGCAAUUCCGAAUGGCUUCAAUCAAUCAAAUAUGACUCGAUUCGGGGACCAUGCCCGUCGGACCACAAGCCCGUGUUCGCCACUUUUUGGUUAGUGUGA